AUGAAAGCAUGGAUCGUCACCAAGAACGGAGCCCCCAGACAAGCUCUCACCCUCAAGACAGACUACCCUGUCCCAAGCAGCGUAAAGUCCGGUAACCUGCUCGUCAAGGUCGACUACGCCGCCCUGAACCCAGCCGACCUCAACUUCAUGUCCACGCUGCCCAACUGGCUGCCCUUCCGCCGCAACCCAACCGUCGGGCUGGACUUUGUAGGAAAGGUGGUCCGUGUAGGGUCGGCAGUGUCCACUGCAAAGCUCGGCAUCUCGGUCGGGUCGGAGGUCGGUGGCGCGCUCAACGUUGUGUCUGUCGCCAUCGGGCGUGGCAGUCUGGCAGAGUAUAUCGAGGUUCCGGCGGCCAAGGUGGUUCUGAAGCCGACCAAGAUCCAGCUGAGGGAUGCGGCUGGUGCUCUUGGGGUUGCUGGGCAGACGGCGCAAGUUGUGCUCAAGAGCGGUAACGUCAAGCCUGGGGAUCGGGUUCUUGUCAACGGGGCCAGUGGCGGGGUGGGCUCGGUGCUUGUUCAGGUAGCUAAAGCCAGAGGAGCCACUGUCUACGGUGUCUGCUCUGGUGCGAACGCAGACAUGGUUAGAGGUCUUGGGGCAGAUGAGGUCAUCGAUUACAAGGCUCACGACUCCUUGUCCUCGUAUCUCGCCCAGCAGUUCAAACCCGAUUCGAAACCUCUCCACCUCAUAUUGGACACUGUCGGCAGUGACGAGCUGUUCCGGAAAUGCAGCAGCUAUCUCGAUCGAAAAGGAGCGUUCAUCACCAUCGUGGGCGGCAUCGGGCAUGGUACGAUCCUGAGAAGCAAGCUUCUGCCCACUAUCCUGGGUGGAACGCCACGGAGGUUUGAAAUGCUGUCUCUUUUCCCCGAUGGGGCGAUUGCGAAGGAGGUCGCUAAGUGGAUCGAAGACGGCGACUUUCAUGAUUUUCCAGUGGACUCGGAAUACCCGAUGGAACAGGCGGUCGAGGCUUAUGAACGAGUUGCAAGUAAGAGGUCCAAAGGCAAGGUUAUAGUCAAGGUGUCUGAAUAGGUCGGACAGAAGCGACAGUCGUAGGCAUUCGGAUGUCAUCUAAAUUUAACAUCAAAAUGAAUGUAUAGAUAGGAAGGAAUAAUCGUAAUCUGUCAGCAGUCAUGAUGAAGGACACACUGAUGAGAUCUGAUGAUUUAAA